AUGCUAGAAGUAAUCUUGAAUAAUACAGAUAUUUUAAUUAGUUUUUCAAGUAUCUUGACUGAAAUCUUUUAUGUACAAUGGAUACAAUUGUUCAAUGCAACAUCUUAUUUAUAUUAUGUUCCUUUUGUAAACAGUCUUCCAUGUUUGAUCCGUUUAAAGCAGUGUUUAAAUGAUUAUUAUUUUUCUCAAAAACAGCAGAAUAAACAUCAACUUGUAAAUGCUUUCAAGCUUCUUUUUGCAAUGACGAAUGCAUCCUUUGCUUUCAUUUGGGAUUUGGUUAUGGAUUGGGGAUUAAUACAAAUAGAUAUGCAUCAACGUGUUCUCAUUUUUCGUAUUCGUAAAGAUCUUUAUUUCUCUAAUCCUAUGUGGUAUCUUUUGGCUAUUCUCUUGAAUGGAUGUUUUAGAUCAUUGAAAAUUAGCUCCUAUUUCUAUCAUAUACAUCCUCUCUGUAUUGAUAUCACAGAGAUUGUUCGAAGAUGGGUCUGGGUUCUUUUUCGAUUUGAAUACGAGUGGAAAAAACGAUCAUAUAAUGGGCAAGAAGCAUAAUAAGAAAGAAAAAAAAAAGGGGGGAACUACCUUUACUACAAUAAAAUGUACAAAUACUGAUGAUAGAAAUAGAUUUGC